CGAUUACCAUAACUAACCAGAACAACUACGUUGCAGUUUAACUGGAGUUGAUAGGCAAAACUGCUCUGGUGCGUGGAAUUACAGGACGGGCAAAUAAUGGGAAGUAGUACCAUCGGCUCUUCUAACGCUGCGAGCACUAUCUGUUCCCAAACCCCGGCCUCAUCUCGUUUGGUUCGACCGACAACAGUUUAGCGAGCUAGUUAGCCUGUUAGCUUGCUCAAGACCCACCUUCAGUGUUCGUGCGCAGACACAGAGAAAAUGGUGUACUUGUUAAAUCCUCUAGAGAAUCUCAAGACCUACAUAAGUAACCGUCCACCGUUGGUCAUUUUUAUGGUCAGUGUGAGUGCCGUGGCCAUCACAUUCCUCACCAUCGGAUAUUUUUUCAAGAUCAAAGAGAUCAAAUCCCCAGAAAUGACAGAGGACUGGAACACUUUCCUCCUACGCUUUAACGAGCUGGACUUCUGCAUCUCGGAGAACGAGACGCUCAAACACGGCUUGAACGAGUCCACCACGCCGGAGAGCACGGUGACAAGCAGCCAAUCGCGUUCCAGCACCCAAGCACCCCUGCUGCUGGAGGAUCCUGGACCCAUCAACAUCUCCGUACCUAUCACUCUCACCCUGGAUCCGCUCAGGCCGUUCGGGGGCUACUCCCGCAACAUCACCCACCUUUAUGCCACCGUGCUGGGGCAGCAAGUAGGCCUGUCAGGGAGGGAAGCCCAUGAGGAAAUGAACAUAACCUUCGCCCUCCCUGUGUCCUGGAACUCGGACGACUGCAUCCUCCACGGCCACUGCGAGCAGGUGGUGUUCAGUACCUGCAUGACCAUCACGGCGGCCAGCAACGUUUUCCCAGUCACAGUGCAACCACCUCACUGUGUCCCGGAGACGUACACCAACGCCACGUCCUGGUACAAGAUUUUCACCACUGCCCGGGACUCAGACACCAAAUACACACAGGAGUACAACCCGUUCUGGUGUUACAAAGGGGCCAUUGGGAAAGUGUACCAUGCACUCAACCCCAAACUCACAGUCAUCGUCCCAGAGGAUGAUCGCUCUCUCAUCAACCUCCAUCUCAUGCACACCAGCUACUUCCUCUUUGUGAUGGUUAUCACCAUGUUCUGCUAUGCAGUCAUCAAAGGCCGGCCAGGCAAAGUAAGACAGAGCAACCCAGACUUCUGUCCAGAAAAGCUGGCCUUGUCAGAGGGGUAAAAGAGCAUCAGAGAGACAGGGAGUCUACAACCGAACCAUAUCUGAAGAGGAAA